UCGUUCGUAAUGAACAAUCCAGGCCGAGUACACACUCGUUAUUUCUGACCGCGUGCUUCUCUCAGGAAGCCUUUAUUUAUUAUAAUAUUAUUUAUGUGUUUAUUUAUUUUACAGGGAACAACAUGUGUGGUUAUUUCUGAAAGAGAUAACCUGAUCGUGACACCCACAGGGUGAGCUCCACUUCGGCGGAAGUGUACAGGUUGCUAGGCGACGCCAGAAUUCCUCGUCGGGGUGAAGCCGAUACCAACGGUCGUUCCGCGUUUUUAUAACCAUUAACAUUCACGACAACACCGAAAAGAAAAUGCCGUUCGGUGCCGACGCGAUGAAAUAUCCGCUGCAUGACCAGAUAACGGAGAUGCAGCGAAAAAUCCAACUUCUGGAGGGCGACAAAGCUGCAUACUAUGAGAGCUCUCAGUCCACCAUCAAGAAGAACAGGGAGUCCAUCCGCCAGCUGAGGCAGGAGAACAAGGGGCUCUGCAGGAAAAUGGCAGAAGCUAAUGCUGGGGAUGAAAAAAUCAUCAAAGUGGCCUUUCACAACAGAGGGCUGGAGAAGGAUGCCUACCGCAACAUGUCAGGCAAGGCAGCUCUGACGACACUCGACCAGAGGGUGCUGUCCAAGAUGAAGCGCCUCAAUGCCGUAAAACACACAACCCAGACCCACCAGUGUCGCCUCGACCAGCUGAAGACGGAAUACCAGAGGAUGAGACCAGAGGGCCGCGGCGGAGCGCCGUCUGCCGAUGCUCGCACUCGGAAAAAGGAGGAAGAUGCCAUGAACCUGCGGGCGCUGGAGAACAGUCUGGAGAAGAGCCAGUUUAAAUGCAAGGAGGCCGAGAACAUCAUGAUUAACUAUCAGAAGGUCAAAAGUCACCUGCAGGAGGAGAGUCUGACGUUCCAGGGCCAGUUGGACGGUCUGGAGGCCGACAUCCUGAAGCACAGAGACGAGCUUCACAGCAUGCAGGUUAUGAACAACAGCGCCCAGCUCUCUAAAGAAGACGCUAAGGUUGAAUUACAGCAGCAGGAAGAAUUGCUCUACAAGGAGCGCAAGAGAGAGCGCAUUAUAGCAAGCUACAGGAAAAAGGUCGAGGAGCGCAAGGCCCAGGCUGAAAAAAGUGAUAGAAGGAGAACAACUAUUCAGCCAGAUGAGCUGAGCAGUGAAGCCCAGCGCAGCAGCCCCAGGUUGGGGGGCGAGGAGGAAAAGGCCAUCUCCACUUUUGAGGAGGCCUUCCGACAAAUCAAGGAGGCCACCGGGGUCACCGACACACAGGAGAUAGUGGAGCGCUUCAUCUCACAGAAGGAGACACACCAACAUCUGGAGAAGCUGAAGGGAGAGAAUGAGGAGGCGCUGCAGCAGCUGAAGGAGCAGAAGGAGCUCCUGAACCAACAGUUCCAGCAUUUGAAAUAUUCUGGAGAGGCUAAACUCUCCAGUGACAAGCAGAUGCUGGAAGAGCGCGAGCUGCUCCUGCAGGCUCAGCAGCAGAGGUGUGAUGAAGGCAGAGAGCGCCUGGAGUGGCUCGUCAAAGCCCUCGGUACCGUCCGGGCCGGAGUGGAGCACCUCACGGACAAACUGCAACACAUCGCACUGAGCGAGGACACGGGGGCCGAAGUGUCUCCGGACUCGGAUGAGUUUGUGCUGGAGCUGAUGACCCAGUGUGAGCUGAGGCUGCGAUUCCUGCACGGGGAGCUCAAGGGGAAGGACUUCACCGCCACGCUGAAGGAGAUGGAGGAAGAGGAGUUCUGUGUGCGGAUUGAAGGGAAACUGCCAGCUCACAACACGCGGGUAAAGCUAUCUGAGGUUCAAAGACUGGACCUCUUCAAUGACGAGGACGACAGUGAGGAGGACGAGGCUGACGUCAUAUCGCGUGAGGCUCUGAAGCGUCAGUCCCAGCUGAUCAUCGACUCCAGGUCCAAGAAGAAGCCCUGGAAGAAGAAGAAGGGAAAGUUCUGAGCCGACAGCGUCCCGACUCAGAGAUACAUGAAGGACCAUCCAGGAUUUAAAUUGUUUUUAAUCAUAGAAAGAUGACAACGACUCUUAGAUUAUUUCAGAUAUGUUUGUGAUGUUUGUUGCGUUCUUGUUUUUGAUUUUGUGUCAAUUAUGUACUCAUUCCUCCGCCUCAGAAUGUCACCCUCUGCUAAUAAAAAUAAUCAAAACACGA